GUCAACCAAUAAUAAUUAUCAUUCUUCAUGGGAGGGGGAGGGGAAGAAAGAAAAGGGUGUUCAAUUAUAUACAUGUAUUUUUUAUUUUUAAAUACAUUUAUUACUUUUUAUAACUAUAAUGUACAAGACACAAUUACUACCAAGGAAAUGGUUAGUUAGUUCUCAUCGAUCUAUUCAUGUUCGUUUCCUACAGCAAUUGUCAUCUCCUGAGUUAAGAUCACGAUUUAUUCAAUAUUUUGAAAAACAGGGACAUACACCUGUCAAAAGCUCAAGUCUUGUACCCCACAAUGAUAAAAGCUUGUUAUUCACCAAUGCUGGCAUGGUGCCCUUUAAAGAAUAUUUUCUUAAACCCAAUACUGCUCCAUUUCAAUGUGCAACUAGUGUUCAGAAAUGUAUGAGAGCAGGUGGUAAACAUAAUGACCUUGAUAAUGUAGGCUAUACACCUCGCCACCAUACCUUUUUUGAAAUGUUGGGUAAUUUUUCAUUUGGUAAAUAUUCAAAGGCAGAGGCGAUUCAUUAUGCAUGGAAGUUUUUAUUGCAAGAACUCGAGUUACCUAUCAAUCGACUACGAGUCACUGUACUAGAAGGGGAUCAAGAGGCUUAUGAUCUAUGGAGAAAACAAGGAUUAUCAGAUGAUAAGAUUGUAAAAUGCGGACCUGAAGAUAAUUUCUGGAGUAUGGGGGAUGGAGAAGGUCCCUGUGGGACAUGUACUGAAAUAUUUUGGGAUACUCAAGACAGCUCUUUAGAAGAUCCAUGGUUAGAAAUUUGGAAUCUUGUAUUUAUGGAAAAGUAUCGUAAUGCACAAGGUGAAUUAACAGAUUUGCCUGUCACUUGUAUCGAUACAGGAAUGGGUCUAGAAAGAAUGGCAUCUGUACUUCAAGGGAAAAAAAAUAAUUUUCAAAUUGAUCAAUUUCAGUCCUUAAUCCACGGACUCAGAGAAGUAAUGAAAGCUCGUGGACUAAAGAGUUCAACAGAAGCUGAUCCUAGUCCACAUGAAAAGAUUGUUGCAGAUCAUUUUAGAGCAAUGUGUUUCUUAAUAGGCGAUGGUGUUGUGCCUAGUAAUAUAGGUCGUGGAUAUGUAUUAAGACGUAUAAUUCGAAGAGCUCUCAGAUCUGCAAAACAGCUUGGUUUAAAUGAACCAUUUUUGACAGAUCUUUACCCAUCCCUAUUAGCCGGCUUCACAGAUAAUUUGUAUUCAGAACUUGCAAGCCGUGCUUCAUCUAUUCAAAGCAUCAUUAAAAAUGAGGAAACUGCCUUUUUAGCUACUUUGGAUAGAGGAAUGGCAUUAUUAGAAAAUGUGUUUAAUCAAGCUGAAUUACAAGAAUCGAAACAAAUUCCUCCUCAACUUGCUUUCCAAUUAUAUGAUACUUAUGGUUUCCCAUUUGAUUUAACAUUAAUUAUAGCUUCAGAAAGGGGCUGGUCUGUUGAUAUUGCAGCUGUUGAGGAAUUGAGGGAAAAACAAAAAAUAGCAGGCAGAGAGUCUUGGAAAUCAGAUAACAUUGCCGAUAAAUCAAGACUUUCUGAAUGGAGAAAAUUGAAUAUUAAACCUCAAUUUACUGGUUAUGAUCAUAGUUUAUUGCAUCAAGAAUCAAAAAUUCUUGCCGUAGACACAGUUAAAAAGGGUAAAAGUGUGGAAGUGAAUAUUGCAAUUGAUCCAUGCCCAUUUUAUGGUCUUGGAGGUGGACAAGUACCUGAUAAAGGUACUAUUGAACUCACUAAUGGGAAUGAUUGGGAAGUGAUAGAUGUACUUCAGCCUUAUGAAGGAGGGCUUGUCUUACGAAUUAAACCUCUUGGUUCAAAUGAUAAUAUAGAACAACGCAUAAAAGAAGAUUAUGAAUAUUUACAAAGGGAUCAAUUGGUUAGAACACAUGUUGAUCUAAAACGUCGACAAGGCGCUGAAAUACAUCAUACAGCAACUCAUUUAUUAAAUGCAGGUUUAAGAAAAAUACUUCAAGCACCCGAUAUAGUGCAGGCUGGCUCUACAGUUGAACCUAACAAAUUAAGAUUUGACUUUACAUAUGGAAAACCUUUAAAGGAAGAAGAAUUAAACCAAAUAGAAAACUGGGUUAAUGAUGUUGCCUUACGUGGAAGUGAUACUAUUGUAAAGCAUAUGAAACUAUCAGAUGCUAUUCAAUCUGGAGCAAUUGCGGCGUUUUCCGAAAAAUACAACGAAACAGUAAGAGUUAUUGAUGUACCCGGCGUUAGUAAAGAACUCUGUGGUGGUACUCAUGUAGAUAAUAUUCGUAAACUUUAUCCAUUCAAGAUCUUGAACGAAACUUCUGUUGCAGCAGGCACAAGAAGAAUUGAAGCAGUAGCAGGCCUAUCUUGUAUUGAAUGGUACAGAAAAGCAUAUAAGCCCAUUCCUGAAGUUUUGAAAUUAUUACGUGCAAAUGGGACACAUGAGAUUAUUGAAAAACUAGAAAAAUCAUUACAGCAAAAUAGAGAACUUCAGAAACGCGUUGAUUUUAUGAAUGAAAAGCUAGCAUCUGCUGGAGAAGCAGUCGUUGAGCCUAUUUCUAGUAAAAUAAAAGACGUUGAUAUAAAAAUCCAUCUUAUUGACUCUGAUUUGGACUCAGCUUUUAUGCAGAAAAGAGCAAAUAUCUUAAAGCAAAACCAAUCAAAUACAGCACAUAUUUUGAUCAAUGGUAAUACAAUUAUGGUGGCAUUAAAUAGUACAAAAAUAAAAUCAGAAAGUGCAAAUUCGAUAAUGAAGCAAUUAUUAAAGCAUAUAAAGGGAAGUGGUGGGGGUCAAAAAGAAUUAGCUCAAGGACGUUUGACAGAGAAAAUAACUACAAAAGAUGACAUAAUUUCAAAGAUUCUGCCUUCUUUAAAACAAUGUUAAAAAAAAAUCCAUUUAGUAAUACCCUUACGUUUUGUAUAUAUAAAAGAUAGUGCUGAAU